UUUAUCUUUAAUCUAUCUAUUAUUUUUAUUUAUUUAUUUUUCUUGCUUUCUUUCUUUUACUUUUUAAGGCCCCACUGAAAACCGCUGUGGCGAGUUGGGUUCCCUCAUUAAACAUGAUUACUAUUAAUAACCCCUUGAAGUUUAUACAGGGGCUCAAAGCUGUUAUUUAACAUUUGUUCCGAUUCAAUGCCUCUUUUGUGAUGCGUAUUGAGGGGCUGUCAACAUGAUAAAUUUUAUAUGCUCCCGGAAUCAGUGUCACUUUGGAAGAAAGUUCUCACUAAUCUAGGCGUAUUUCUUCAGAGUUCAAGUGAUUCAUAAGCUGUCGGCGGAUUGACGAUUUGUAGUACAGGAUCGCAGUUUAUUUCGACCCUAUUUGCCAUUAGUUGUUGAGCAAACCACUAUGUCCGUUACAGCCCCACUGGAGGAGAAAAGGUUGUCAUACGGCUGGUUGAGGUUUCGUCCAACAUGGCUGCAGUUCCUCAACACUCCAAAAUGGUUCUUGUUCUUCUUGGGUCAGUAUUUCUUCACGCAGAGUCUCAUCACCAGUGGCUUGUACCCUGGAACCGUGAGCACGAUACAAAAACGGUUUGCCUCUUCAAGUUUCAUGAUGGGAAUGAUACAGAGUAGUUAUGACAUUGCUGCUGUGGUCUUCACUCCGUUCGUCAGCUUCUUCGGAGGCCCUCGUAAAAAGCCGGUGUUCUGCAGCUUGGGUUUGCUCAUCAUGGCUGUCGGUGUCUUUAUCUUCAUCUUACCACACUUCAUCUCUUCGCCGUACGAAGCUGGAGUUUCCAUUGAUACCAACGCAACCGUCAGCCGUGGCGAACUAUGCGCGGGAAAUCUGACGACGUUUGGCGGGAAAACAGACUGUGAAGAGGACACCUACACUGGUGGCAACGAUCUUUACUACGCGAUGUUCAUUCUGGGAAUGGUUGUUGCAGGCAUAGGCAGCACUCCAAAGUACACUCUAGGAAUUUCCUACAUCGAUGAAAACGUCAAGGCAAAAGCGGCACCUAUGUACUUUGGGAUUUUUGUUGCUUUUGGAAUAGUGGGUGCCGCUGCGGGAUUUGUUUUAAGUCCAAUCUUCCUUUCAAAGUUCGUCGAAUUUGGAGUUCAGACCUCGCUGACUCCUGACGAUAGGCGAUGGGUGGGGAACUGGUGGCUAGGCUUUGCCAUAUUUGGAGGUUUAUGUGCGUUCUGGAGUCUCUGGCUCUUUGCCUUUCCCAAAGAGUUUCCGCUGACCAAGAAGCGAAGAGUAGCAGAAGAAGCUAAACUCAAAGAGAGCACCAGUGACGAUCCUACAAAGAAUAACGUUGCCAUUGCCUAUUCAGGACUAAAAGACCUUCCCAAAGCCACUAAGAUGGUCUUCACUUGUUUUCCAUUCGUCUUCAUCACCAUAGGUGCAUGCUUAGAGGAGUUCGUUGUCUCUUCUGUCACUACCUUUGGGCCAAAACUACUGGAGGCCCAAUUCUACGUACCGGCGGGCCGCUCUGCACUAUUGUACGGCGUAGUGGCCAUCCCUGUGGCGUUAUUUGGAAACAUGCUUGGAGCUUACAUCAACAAAAGAUUGAACUUAAACCUGGCGGGAGCUGCCAAGAUAUGUUUCAUUGCAGCAUGUAUCGGUCUCGGGUGUACUUGUCUACUCUACAUCAAAUGCGACACAUUACAGAUUGCAGGAGUAAAUACGCGUUACUUGAAUAGCUCAUCUGCUCUCCAGCUCGAUUCAAAAUGCAACCAAGCCUGCAAUUGCACCGGGGUGAGUUAUGAUCCCGUUUGCGGAGGGCCGCUGACCUACUUCUCCCCCUGUCACGCGGGCUGUGGUCAAAACGAAAAUCAGAAUGAGUCUUCUUCCUACUACCAAAGCUGUACCUGUAUCAUGUCCAAAGACGACCCCAUUGGAAAGGUGGAGAAGGACGUGUGCCAAGUGGAUUGCGAGCUCAACCUAGUGCUGUUUUUAAUUGUACUUUCUGCCGUUGCCCUGAUGACGUUCUUGAACGAUACACCGGCUUUACUAGUUACAUUACGGUACUGUUUCCUAACUUUUUGUCUGUUUGUUUGUUCUUGUUAUUCAUAUAGCUGGUCUCCGCAUCAAACAUCCUCGAGCGUCCGUUCUGCAUGCUACUUUGAGAUUUUUGUUCUGGAUUGUGUGGCACUCCCAGUGAUGCUACACUAUAACCAGUGCAGUCUCACAAAGGUUUCGAAUCGUGCGCAGUCAAGGGUCGAUAAUACGGAAAGAGCAUUCUCGUCUCCAGAGGCCGCGCUCCUUUUGCAAGGUUUUCACUCUUUUUUUUUCGUUUUAAGGGGCCUUCCAGCUGGACAACAGGCGUACGCGUUGGGUCUCCAAAGUGAUCUGACCAAGAUCCUUGGCACUAUUCCCGGUCCCAUCAUCUUCGGAGCACUCAUAGACCAAACCUGCAUCCUGUGGGACACAAAGUGCGGUGAAAGGGGUUUUUGUCUUGAGUACGAUCACGACGGACUCGCCAAAGUGGUGCUGGGAGUUUUCCUGGUGUGUAAAGGUCUGACCACCACGACUUUCUUUCUGUCGUGGCUCUUCAGUCGGCGACAGACAGAAAACAACAACACAAGAACAGCUGUCGAUACGGCUCUUUAGGAAUUCAAGAAACGUGGAAACAUUAACUAUUUACCUGCAGCAAGGGACAUAUUUUAAGACGGAAUCCAUCACAAGUUCGAGUAACCAGCGGACAAAAACUCCGCACCUAGGCUAUUUAUAUUUACAUUGUAUUGCAAACUUCUUUGCGACUGUCUAAAUAUCUUCUCAAA